AUGGGGCCAGGUUAUGACCAAGAUCAUCCUCAGUUCAAUCAACCAUGUCGAGCAGUAACGAUCCGCGAAAGAGACCGGGAACUUGUGUCUAUUGAAGCAGCCACAAGUGAUCACACAAGGGAUACUGUAGACCAAAAUGACCGUCAGCACUCAUCAUCUACGGGAAGAGCGACUCCCAGCUCAAGUCACACCAAACCAACCAUCAUACGCAAGACCUCCGUAAGAUCUGAGCCUGUUUUUCGUGUUCCAGAUGUCCCAGCGCAUGCCAGAACUCCUGAGAAUCGCGCAACGUCGUCGAAAACUCCCGUGGCCCGCAACUAUAUCGACUCGUCUCGAAGGGCGUCGACAUUAUCGGCUGGUUCAUCCACUCUUGCUUCCAGCUCCCGUAGCGUAAGCUCUACCCUUCAAGGUACACCCAGUCGGUCGCAGGGAUUGACAUCGGUCAAGAAUACAAGGGCUACCAAAACUGCGAUACCCAGUGACGCUGUGCCUCUUGGACGAGCUUAUCAACCCCAACGCCCCCGUCUAUCAGCAGCUUUAGUAUCCAGCAAAAAGACAUCGCGCAGUAAACUCCUCCCGACUCAACAAAACCGUGCCAUCAUAACAGCAUCGCCAUCCCAAUCGCAGUCGCAGUCGCAACCAGCAAGGAAGACCGCGGAUCCGAACACGGUCACGACGACCGCAAGCUCGUUGUCGGCAGACCUGUACACUGUCAAGCAGUAUAAAUCCGCGGGGCCUCUUUGGCAGCAGCUGGAUGAUGCGUUUGAGCAGCGGAUGCUCGCUCACAAGCGCGAUAGAUCGGGGAAUAUGGUUGGAUUUACCAAGCGGGCGUCUGCGGCGCGGAGGACUACAGUCAGUUGGGGUGGAGGAGAUGAAGGAGGUGGAUCUCGUCCAAGUGGUGGAAGAGGAAGAAGGGGCGGUGGUGGUGGAGGGGGAGAUGAGUUAGUUUUGGAUGUGAAUGAUAUAGGCCGUAAAACUGCGCACAUUGCGCCUAGGCUGCGGUUGCAAGUCGGAGAUGAAAUCGUUGUCGAUGAACUUUCAGACGACGAAGAGCCAGUCCAGGAGCGGCCUAGUGAUAACGAAGAUGAAGAAGAGGAGGAUGAAGAAGAAGAGAGGUACAGACCGGUAGCCAAAAAGUCCUUUGUCAAAAGUACCUCAGGUCCUACUCGAGGCAACCCUUUCAAUGCAGCGCGUAAGAGGCGAUCUGCAGUGGGAUCCUCUGACGAAUCCGAAUCCGAGUCAAAAUCUACAGAAUCCAACUCUGACAAUGGUGACGUAGAAUCUCCUCGUGAAGAAGAGGAGGAGGUACCAGAGGAGGAGGAGGAGGAAGAUGAGGAAGAAGAAGACGAACUCGAUCCGGACCAGUACAAUCCUCACCCUCGACGCGACACGGAUGGCGACAUCGUUAUGGGCGAUGCCCGCAGAACCAUCGAAAUUCUCCCAUUCGACGAAGAGAAGAUGAUCACUGCGCCUUUGCCCCUUCCCGUCAAACGAGAGCAGCAAGAAGAAGCUACAUUAUACGACGACGAUGACGAUGAAGAUUCAGACGGAGAGUACCAUCCCUCAGAGGCGCUGGUGUCCGCAGUCGAGGCUCUUUCUCUGUCGACUUCACGCAUGCGAGCUACCAACCAGCUUCCAUUCCUUCGACGAAACGUGUGCGUGGGGUUCUUAGAGCGAUGUCGUACACUCAACAUCCCAAUAUAUCCUGAAAAUCAAGACUCGCGGACUAGAAGGAAGAUGCGGAUGCAAGUUACCUACGAUACUGCAGGCAGUGGAGUAUACAAGGCUGGUGUGGACGAAUGGCUGUGUCCCAUAUGCGAUCUCUUCCACCGUGAUGAAUCAGGAGAAGAAAAGGGAUUCAACACUCGGGAGAUGUUAGAUUGUCACUUGGCAUGGGAUCAUGAAGAAGUGUAUCACGAGUGGGUGGCAGAUGUAGAUGGAAAUGACACCCGCGAAUAUGAGUGGAAAUUACAGAUCGUAAUCCCAGAACCCGCGCCCGAACCUGAGCCGCAGACAAACCCAUCGCAGUCGACAUCCGCUACACAAGAUGAUGUCCGUCCUGACGACAGUGGAAUAUUCCCCUUUGUCACUUUGUCGCCCCCACCAUCUGCCAGGCUUUCAUCUACCGCACGGUCCCCGUCUGUGCCAGCGCACAUUGAGAUUCGACCUGAUCUGAAACCGAUUGCGAGAAAGUCAGCAAAGUUGCAAAGUAAUACAGUAAUCAAACCUAUCUGGGCAAAGACAGGGAGUGUAGCCACAAAGCGUGAGCGAGUAGAAAGCUCGGUGUCUUAUGAGGUGGACGUACAAGAUACGACAUCGUCGCCGAGUCGAGAUUCUAUAUCACAAUCGGAGUCGGCGACCUUGCAAGAUUCUACUUCUGCUUCUGUAACAAGAACCCCGGAGACUGAGAGCGUAUCACCCUCGCGUUCAGUGACUGGAACGUCGUCCGUCCGCACAGCAGACCCCCGUUCCUCGAGACCAAUGGAAGAGCCACGCCCGCGAUCGCCGACUUCACGUUAUCCGACACCUCCGCCCGCCGACGCGCCUCUCGGGCCCGCCGCACGAUACCCUUACCUCCCAAUGUCUCCAAGUCAUCUAGGAGACGGUGGUGGUCCGGCCAUCGACGAAAGCAUCGCGGCUGUUCCAAGCCACAUCACAGGUGCUACCAUCACGUAUAGUUGCCGUCCAGGGGGACCCUACCUCUUCGACCUCUUGGGUACCUUGCCUCUCGCGGAAUACGGAGUACUGUCAUGGGAAAUUAUCGAUCGCGAAGACGAAAUUUGGGAAAGCGACGAUGUGAAGGAUGAAUACAAGGUCAUGCAUGCUCUAUGGGCACGGUGGAUAUUUGUACAGGCAAAUCGAAAUAAAUUUAUCGCAAAUUAUGUCAAAGGUGUCAAGGCCUUUAUCGAUACAUAUUGGAGGAUGAUCCACAAAGCAGCUGGGUGGAGUGCACUGCGCUUUUUCUUGUUCGUUUUUCUCGCCAACAAUUUCUUGACAAGCCAUGAUGUGGCUCAGGUUCUUUUAUAUUACCAAAAUCUUACUGGGAUGGAGCACUGGGUAUGA